AUAGUAUCACUUCCCCAAACCCAAAAUUUAAUACUCAAAUCUAGCAGCUGAUCCAUCACUGUUAAAUUCCACACUUCAUUUUUACUGCUUUGACACGUUGUGUCUCUUGUUUUAGCUACUCAGCAGCAAGAUCUCAACUUGCAGAUCCAGAAAGACCAAGACACGCACGCAAACCCAUUUUCUAUCUUUCUCUGUAAGGAUGUUUAGGGUCUAUGAAUCUAUAUUGUUUUGUGUGUGGUUGUUUACGAGCUUGAUAGUUGAAGGUUCAGUUCACGAGUAUAAAGGGGAGAGGUUUGUGGGCAAAGGGAAUGCCUUCGUGGUUCACGGCGGCAGUGAAGGGAUUUACUCUUCUGCCUCUGAAAAUGUCAAUGAGAAGAGUGUCCUUCCUGCUAAUGGGGACUCUUAUAUACGAUUUGAAAAGAUUACAUUCCAGAGAACCCAGGAAUUUUCCAACUUUAGUUCGGGGUUGGUACAAGCUAUUGUUUUUGAGGUAGAAGAUAGAGAGUCAAUUGGGGGUUCUGCCUAUGGUGGUCAAAGAGCUGUCUGCUGCACAGCUGAUCUUGCAAAGUUGGGUGUGUGUUCAGAAGGAGAAAUCAUUCAUCGCCCAUCAACUAAAAAUCCUGGCUGGCCUCAGGUCUUUGGUGUUGCAUUCUAUGCAGACGAGCUAGUUGCAACAUUGCCAUCAAAAUCAAUACAGAUUUCCAGAACUGGGAUGUAUAAUUUGUAUUUCAUGCAUUGUGAUCCUAAUCUUAAAGAGGUAGUUGUAGAGGGGAAUACUAUAUGGAAAAAUCCCAGUGGUUAUUUACCUGGUAGAAUGGCACCACUCAUGAAAUUUUACGGGUUCAUGUCCCUUGCUUUUGUUAUACUUGGAUUAUUCUGGUUCUCUCAGUAUGCAAGAUUCUGGAAAGAAGUUUUUCCAUUGCAAAACUGCAUAACAUUGGUGAUAACACUAGGCAUGUUCGAGAUGGCUUUCUGGUAUUUUGACUAUGCUGAAUUCAAUGAGACUGGAAUUAGGCCAACUGGUAUCACUGUAUGGGCAGUUACUUUUGGUACUAUUAAACGUUCAGUUGCACGCCUUGUCAUCUUGAUGGUUUCAAUGGGCUAUGGUGUUGUGAGACCUACCUUAGGUGGUCUUACAUCGAAGGUGCUAUUGGUUGGAGUGACCUUUUUUGUGGCAUCUGAAGUGCUUGAAUUAGUAGAAAAUGUUGGUGCUGUUAGUGACCUUUCUGGCAAGGCCAAACUUUUUUUGGUUCUUCCCGUGGCUUUCUUGGAUGCUUUCAUCAUUAUUUGGAUAUUUAAGUCACUUUCUGCCACUUUAAGUAAGCUUCAGGCUAGGAGGAUGAUGGUCAAGCUGGAUAUAUACCGGAAAUUCACUAAUGCUCUGGUAGUAGCUGUUAUUGUGUCAGUGGGUUGGAUAUGCUAUGAGUUGUAUUUCAAGUCAAAAGAUGUUUACAAUGAGCAGUGGCAGAAUGCAUGGGUCAUCCCAGCUUUCUGGCAACUCCUUUCCUUUUCUCUUCUAUGCAUCAUCUGUGCUCUUUGGGCUCCCUCCCAGAACUCAAUGCGAUACGCUUACUCAGAUGAUGCAAGCGAUGAGUUUGACAGGGAUGAUGGCACUUUAACACUCAUUAAACCAUCCACAAUACCUUCUAAGGAUGUUAGAAGUUCGCCAGAACCCAUACCAGUGCACACCAGCAAUGGAGCAUCUAAUGGUGAUUUGGAAGAAGAUAAGACAGAAUAAUCCAAGUCUCAAUUCUUAUGUUCUAAGGUUGGUGUUAUCAUCUGUUAUUGUUGCAAUGACCACCCUAAAUCUGCAUCGAGAAUUACUGCAGGAGCAAACUUAUACAGAGAAAAAGUCCACUUUGGGAUUGCAAUAGGAUGACCUUUUCUUUCUUCAAUUCUUGUUUAUCAUUCUUGUUCGUGGUAUUUCUGAGUACUUUUUUAGAUAAAUUUUCUGUGUACUUGUUACAGUAAUCAUUGAAUGUGCAUUAUUAGUUAGUUUUUUUA